AGCCAGUUUUCAUACUCGAGCUAUAACGUUCUGAUCGACUCUAACCAUGCAUCAUCGACCGAACGAAUUGCACUUCUGGCUGAGGCGAUCUUGUCUAAUGAAGCGGCUGAUGAUGUGCUACUUUUGCAAGAAGUAUCCGACGACUUCCUCUCAAAACUCCUAGCACUCGAUGCAAUUCGCGAGCGUUAUCCAUAUGUUUCACAUGGACCUCCUGACCAAGAUGAUAUCCCUUCCUUUACCAGCAUGCAUAGCGCUGUCGCCCUCAGCCGUUGGAAUUUCAACUGGUAUUCGCUUCCAUUCAAGCGACAACACAAAGGAGCUGUCAUCAUCUCUAUUCCAGAGAUCUAUAGGGAGGAUGAAGACGAAGCAUAUCCCCUGGUUAUUGCUGGUAUCCACUUGGUCUGCGGACUGACUGAUGAAUCUGUCGCUGCGAAGAAGUCACAGCUGGCCACUCUGAUAUCUCAUCUUCAAAAGCACCAUCCAUCGAAUCCGUGGAUAGUUUCUGGCGGCUUUAAUCUCACGACCUCUGCAUUUACCAUUGAUCAAGCACUGAAAACCAAGUCCAUCUCCUUGCAGGCUGUCUCAACCCUCGCUUCACUCGACCACAUGCUCUUCGACGCCUCUCUUCAGGAUGCGUAUUUUCUCGCUCCAAUCAAUUCCACCAGCGUGAGUAAAGUCCGCCUCACCCAUGCGGCGAUGGAGGAGCUGUACGAAGGCGAACAAGGCGCAACUUUCGACCCUCUUCAUAACCGUAUCGCAGCCGACAUAGUUGGUACGGGCAUGAACCGUCGUCCCCAACGGUAUGAUCGGAUAUUGUUCAAAGACGCCGACGUUUUGCGUCUCGGCUCGUUCAGUAUGUUUGGAUUGCCGGAAACCUUACGGGAAGGAACGGUAGGCAACGAUACCCCCAAAGGGAAGGAGCAGUCACCGCAAAUCGGCUAUGGGAGCGGUCACUGGGGUGUCAGAACAACAUUCAAUGUUGCAUGCAAAUCUGAUUCUACAGACAGCGCAUCGCUAUCGCUAAAGCACCCAUCUUUCGUUAUGCCUCCGGUACCGGCCACCAUUGUUACCCACCCUCUGGAUGACUUCAACGCAGUUGUCGAGUGUCUGAGGCAGAAUCCUUUGCAUCUCACUACAGAAGACCAGGCCAAACGCACCGAAAUCUAUGUUCUGCUGAAAAUGAUCCUGAACCAGACUCUAUCAGGAACCCCCAAUGCUCAACAAGGCGCAUCAUUUGUCAAGUUUAAGAUAGAGCUAGUCGGAUCUGGGGCGCUAGGUACUGCAGACGCCUUGUCCGAUAUCGAUAUCAUCUGCCUCGGUGCUGUCAGCCCACCCAUUUUCUUCUCCCUCGCUAUUAGUCGAUUAAAGAAAGCGAAAGACAAUCCCUACAAUGUCACGAUCCUCAGAAAGGUCGAUGCUUCAAGCGGUACAAUGCUUGAACUUCUCGUUCGGGGAAUUCGGGUCGAUUUGCAUUACUGCACCGCAACCAAAUUCCUAGAAAGGUGGCCUGAAUCGAUUUAUCUGGCUCACAACAAUCUAGCUUAUCGCUUGUCGGGCCAGUCCAUCGACAAGCUUCAACCGUUGCGAGACAUCCUCUACCUCAAGCGGACGAUCCCGGAUAUGGCCAAGUUCCGCCUAGCAGUGCUCUUCCUCAAGGCAUGGGCGAGGGGUCGAGGCAUCUACAGCACCAGAUUCGGAUACUUGGGAGGUGUCCACAUCACACUCAUGCUGUCCUCCAUCUACAAAUCUCUGCUCCACCAAAGGGGUCAUGACCUGUCGAUUCCGGGAUUGAUUGGGACGUUCUUCACCUACUACAGCCAAUUCGAUUGGAAUAAAUACAUGGUGUGUGAUCCGCAUAUGCCAUACGAUGGCCGGUACUUCAGAUCAGCUCAGGAACCUAUGGUCAUCCUGACGAUGCACGCGCCAAAGAAGAAUGUCGCAAAGUCAGCAACAGUGCCGACCGUGAGGGCGAUCGUCUUUGAACUCUCACGCGCCGCCCACGCAGUAAGAGCGUACACCGACCCCUUGAAGUGGUUCAACUAUUGCACUACUAGUUCUGAGCUCCGAGGGCCCGACUCUCGCGCUACGGGAGCUUCCGAGUUUCUUCGCAAUUCUAGGACUCUUCUGCAGAUAAAUGUCCACUAUUGGGGUGGGUCAGUGGUGAAAGGGGGCCAAUUUCUCGGCUGGCUGGAGUCAAAGUUGUUGACGAUAUCUGUCGAGCUAAGCAAGGCCAUCGCACCGUACUUUUGUCGAAUUUGGCCUGGUCGGUUCGCACAACCUCCCCUUCUAGACUCAACUUCCUACUUUGGCUGUUAUUUAUUAUCCAUACGGCGAUGCGCUCGGACAGAUGGCCUGUUCCCAUCUACUACGACUGUAUCAGUUGCGGUUACGGAGAUUUUGAGCCAAUUUUGCGAAAAGUUCUGCGACCAGAUCCGUCAGAAUGAGAAGUAUUACGAUCCCGCUUCAUGCGGGAUCGAUGCCGCACUAGUGUCUGGAAAGGAAGUCCAAGAUCUCGUGCUCGAUACAAGGAACUGGGGCAUGCACGCCGCAGAGGAUCUUCCCCCUGAUGACGAGUUCGGGGAAGAGGAUGAUUUGGUGGUCGAUGGCGACCCUUCGGCAAACGAGCCGAACAAUCAAUCUGGGCACUUAGCCGGCGGCCCGAGACAAGACUCAGUCGUUACCGAACGUGCUGGCCCGGUUCCUCAAACAUCCCACGCUCCGUUGCGAACGUCAGCCGACGUCCUCAACCGCAUUCUCUGGGACGAGAUCAUGGACACUGACGACUAUGUCAUCGGCUAUGAAGAUCGAUUCCUCGGGGUCCAAGAGAUACCCGCACGGCGGUGGAAGAAGAACACGACGGAUGAAGAGUUCAUUCCGAUGCAUCGUGUCGUCUAUUUCCGCAGGAAGAGUGACGACGUCAAGGUCUGGGAUAAGCCAAGUAGGACGGAUUUGGUGUUUGGUACGGGCUUGACUUCUGACUCUCAG